AUGAGCAUCGUCUCGGAGUGGAUACAGUCGUGUGCGACGUUCAACCAACCGUCCUACACGACUCCUCCUGUUCCUGAUCCAAAUCAACAACCUAUACUCCAUCCCGUUCAGCAACAACUGGAAUUACAACAACAUCUGGAACCACAACAGCAGCAACAGGAGCAGCAGCCGCAGCCGCAGUAUCAGGAUCCUCACCAGCUCCACUACCAGUUAUUCCGGGAAUAUCGCUACCAGCCCUUUCUGAAUCUCCAGAAUGAUGUGAACAACAAACCUUACGCCGCAGCGACGCUGGCGUCGUCGUCAGUGAGUAACAGCGGAUUUAACGACAUUAUGGCGCUAUCACCAAUCCCUGUCAAGAACCAUGAGUACAUCACUACCGACCUAUGGCCCCAUCUUCCGAUCGCCAACUCUCCCUUGCUAGAACUCCCCUUGACAUCAGUAGUAGGGCCUCAAUUCUGGGAACCAGAGUCCGAUAUGUCCGAACCUGCUCCAUCCAUUGAGAGCUACGCAGCGAUUGAAUCACAUUCGAGCAUGUUCAACCACGAAAUACAGCAAGCUUUAGGCGGUGGGCCCUUUGUUCAGCAGCCAUCCUUGACGACAUCAUACUGCUACCCUACGUCGUUCCCUGCAAGUAUCGGAACCGACUUGGGCCCAUCGAAUCUCUCGAGUGAUAAUGAUCAGUUUUCGGCGAUGGUCUGCUCCUGGCCACAGCUCUGCGAUCCAACGACGCUGUCGCCGUCAUCUGUAGGCUCGUCGCCACGCCUCUUCUCAACGUCGCUCCAAGCGGUUUCGUCAUCGUCACCGGUACCGUCUGUGUACUCGUUAGCACAUUCGCCAUUCUUGCGGGUGAGCACACCUUCGCAGCUGGGAUGCGGAUCAUACCGAAGUGCAAGUAGUACGUUUGCGCCGCAUGUGGAUUCUUCAGCAAUGGCGACGACGGCGAUGCCGAUGCGUCUGCGGUCGCAGACAUUGACUGCAAUGGGUGCCGGCUCAGACUUGAUCUCACUCAACUCUGCGUCUUCGUCACCAAGGUCAUCUUCUCUGUCGGGGUUGAUGAUCAAGAAUCGGGCGUCUUCAUUAUCGCUGUUCAAUGGGUCCUCAUCAUCGGAAUCGUCCAUCAAAUCCUCCGGAUCAAGUCCUUCUUUUUCUUUUUCUUCCUCUUCUACUUCUUCUUUUUCGUCGUCGAUGUCAUCGUUGACCUGUCAAGUAUGUCGAAAGCGAUACGCUAACAACUCGACCCUGCGACGGCAUCUCAAGAUCCACGCCUAUGCUAAUGCAUCCUCCCGUGCACUCGCAUGCCUCCGAGCAACGUCCUCAAUUCCUUCGUCUACUCUAUCUUCAUCGUCUCUGGCUUCGUCCACCACUGGUAGCCACCCAUAUAAACCUCUGCUCUGCUCAGGUCUCUCGGCCCUGUCGAUCAGCUCCUCAUCACCGGCAUCGUCUUUGUCUUCGUCUUCGUCUUCAUCGUCGUCGUCAGCUUCCACAACAGCGACAUUGAACACCAUCCAGGGAUACAAUCCGAGUUCGGAUCCGGAUAUCAAGAAGCCAGAGUGUGUGGGAUGCAACAAGGCGUUUGCACGACGGGACACGGUGAUCUUGCAUAUCAAGAAUCAGAAACGGAAGUGGGAUCUCUUGAGCGCGAUGUUACCGACCUUGAGGGCCUCGUCUGUGUCGUCUUUGACGGCAGAGGAGCAGGAAUUGUGGGAUGAGAAGGGUCUAGAUGGUAAUAGUACUCGUAGGACUACGGCUAUGGCAGCUGCUAUUGGUUCUACUGUAGGGGAUGCGGUCGUGAUGGCGCCUACUGGGAAGGCAAGUGCAGUGACAGGUUCAGGCUCGAGCUCGGGUAGGAAGGUGCAUCGACAGCGUCGGUCGCAUCCGUAUAGGAUGGUGGAGAAGCUGUGGCACUCGACCCUGCAGAAGAAGGGGCUCGUGCUCAGCGGCAGCAGUUUAGGGCCUGGAAAUAGCGGUUUGAACACUUUAGUUGGUCAGGAUGCAUUGAGAGCCAAGAAGGAGGACUGUGAAGAUGAUGAAGACGGGGGCGAUACCGUGGAUGGCGAAGCGAGACGGGAGAGGCAAGGACGGGAUGAGGACGAGGACGAGGACGGGGAGGGCGGGUGGCCGAGUUUGGAGGUGAUGUCGGAGAUGGAUAGUCAGACGAAGCUGGAGUGGAUGAUGAAGAUGAUGAAGAUGCCGCCUUGCUGGAGAGAGCGGAAGGUGAGGCUGUUUGGAGCGUUUGGGGUCUUGGAGGAAAGGGUUCUGCAGUGA